CUCUUGUCUUCUUUCUUCCUCCACCUGCGAUAACAACAUUUCCAAUUUCCACUUCUCAACCUCCCUUUGUACCCAUUGGGCCAUUACCAUCACCACACCCACCGAAUUUCCAUUCCCAGUUAGCUAAAAUCUCUCUCUCUCUCUCUCUAUAUAUAUAUAUAUAUACACACACACAGUCAAACAAAUAUAUAUAUAUAUAUAUAUAUAUAUAUUCCUAUACCACAUUCUAUCUUUCUUUCUGCACUUACUUCACACACACUCUCUAGAUAUAUAUUGAUUGUCUUCAUUCUCUCGUUUAAUCUCUUUUAUCUUUCGUUUUGAGCGGAGUAUUCGAGCUGAAAUCUUUAGAUCUCGUUAUUACUACUUCUUUGUAGCCCGAAAAAGCCUAGAUUUCUCAACUUAUUGCUCUGUUGUUCGUGUUUUUCUGGUUUGUGUUUGGAUUCGAGUCGCAAUGGCGACUCAACCUGUGAUUUCAGUGUCUUUGUGUGUGGCAUUUCUGCUGAUUGAAUGUGUUGUGGCGGUGACGUAUUCUUCGAGGCUAAUUCAUCGGUUCUCCGAUGAGCUGAAGGCGCUUAGGGUUUCGAGGAAUGGUGAGGUGUCUGGUUCGCGGUGGCCGGAGAGGAGGAGCUUGGAGUACUACCAAAUGCUUGUGAGCAGUGAUAUGCAGAGGCAGAAGAUGAAGCUCGGUUCUCAGCAUCAGUUCCUCUUCCCCUCCGAAGGAAGUAAAACGAUGUCGUUUGGGAAUGACUGGGGAUGGUUGCAUUACUCCUGGAUUGAUAUAGGGACGCCAAAUGUUUCUUUUCUUGUUGCAUUGGAUACUGGGAGUGAUCUACUUUGGGUCCCAUGUGAUUGUAUACAAUGUGCUCCCCUCUCUGCCCGCCACUAUGACAGUCUGGAUAGGGAUCUAAAUGAGUACAAUCCAUCUAUCUCAAGCACCAGCAAGCACCUAUCUUGCAGCCAUCGGCUAUGUGACUUGGGUCCAAGUUGCAAAAGUCCUAAGCAGCCAUGCCUUUACACUGUUAACUACCUCUCGGAAGGUACAUCAAGUUCUGGAUUGUUGGCUGAGGACAUAUUGCAUCUUGCAUCAAGCAGUGAUGACACAUCCAACAAUUCUGUGCAGGCUCCAGUCAUUAUAGGAUGUGGUAGGAAGCAAAGUGGUGGUUACUUGGAUGGAGUUGCUCCUGAUGGUCUUAUGGGUCUUGGACUUGGAGAAAUAUCAGUUCCAAGUUUUCUUGCAAAAUCUGGAUUGGUUCAGAACUCAUUUUCUUUGUGUUUUGAUGAGGACUAUUCUGGGAGAAUAUUUUUUGGAGACCAGGGAAUAGCUACCCAACAAACUACUCCUUUCUUGCCUUCAAAUGGGAAAUAUACAACCUACAUUACUGGAGUGGAGGCAUGUUGUAUUGGGAGUUCCUGUCUUGAGAAGACCAGCUUCAAUGCACUGGUUGAUAGUGGGACAUCGUUUACAUUUCUCCCGAAUGAAGUAUAUGAAAGAGUUGUUAAGGAGUUUGACAGACUAGUAAAUGCCACACGCACUAGUUAUGAAGGAUCUCCUUGGGAGUAUUGCUAUAAGUACAGUUCUCAGGAGUUGCCUAAGAUCCCCUCCGUGACACUAAAGUUUCCAUUGAACAACAGCUUUGUGGUCCGCGAUCCUGUUUUUCAGAUUCCUGGAGUUGCUGGAUUUUGCUUAACCAUACAAGCAGCAGCAGAUGGAGAUAUUGGAACAAUUGGACAGAACUUUAUGACAGGUUAUCGGAUGGUAUUUGAUAGGGAACAUUUGAAGCUAGGCUGGUCACGUUCCAAUUGUCAAGAUCUAAGUGACAGUAAGAGAAUGCCGCUGACUCCACCGCCCAGUGGCAGCCCCCCAAACCAAUUACCGACAUCCGAGCAGCAGCGAACUCCUGGUGGGAAUGCAGUUGCUCCUGCCUUAGCAGGAAGGACUCCCUCAAAGCCCUCAGCUGCCUCAACUCAGCUAAUAUCAUCCUCCCUGCUAUGUUUAGUGAAGCUACUGGUUCUGCCGCUCUUGCUGCAUCAACUUGUCCUUGUCUCUUAAGGUGGGCACUCCCAUUCCCUGGUAGAUCUGUCCAUAUAAAAUCCCGAUUCCCAUCCAGUGAGCCUUCUUGUCGUCCAUGUCUUUAUUUUACCUUAUUCUUCUUUUAAGUUGCUAAUUUGGUAAAAACCGAUAUAGUAUAUUGUAUUACAUCUUGAUCUCUUAUUUGUUAUCAUUUCAUUUUUGUUUUCUUCA